AUGGAAUUUUGUCAUUUAGCUGCCGAAAGAGCCAAAGAAGAAGGAGUUGUCUGUCCAGAAAUAUUGAGAAAAAAUAUUUUUACUGUGGCUGCAAUAGAUAAUAUAGAUCACAACCCUAGCAGCACAACAUCAGAGAGUUCUUUUCAUGGCACCGCUCUGUCAGUUUUCCAGUUGCCUAACCUACAGUCUCAUGGUGAAAAACGACUUCUGCAAACAAUGUUUAGUACUGUCCAGAAGAGUGGUAGACGCAGUUUACCUUCUCUUCCUGAUUGCUUCACCGUCGUUCCCUUGUCCAGAAACAACCUCACCAACCCAGACAAUUCAAAUGUUUUGUGGAGGGAAGGAGAAAAUUGGUUGUCGUACGUUUCUGGCGAGUUUCACUCGGAAAGCCCACAGUCUGCCGUGUACAAAGAUGUAUCAUGGUCAGCGUUUCAUGCAGCUGGAACCCUAGAGCGGUCACCACAGCAAAGUAUACGUGCUGUCCUUCCAUUGUUUGAUGAGUUGUCGUCUUCUGUGUCGAUGCUAAGGCAUGGAAUGAACCUCGUACAUCAGCUGACAGUGCACUUAAAUGAACAGCAAGUUCCAGUUCUCGUUGCGGAUCAACCGCUCUAUGCAACUUGUAAACUUAUUCAAUGGAACUGGCCAGAUCUUCACAGAAACUUUGUUGUUCAGAAGUCUGGAAAGCCAUUCUCAGCUAAAGCUAUUGACCAGACUCAUGAACAACAUAAUGCUGAAAUCAAGGCAACCGGUGGUGCGAACGGCCUUUACCAAGAUUUGAACACAGCGCAGAGUAAUGCCCUCAGCUCCAGAGAUUAG